CCCAUUUGCCCCCUCCCCCCACCCAUUCUCUUCCUGUUGGUUUCAGACUUUGCAUUAUAAUUUCUCUCUUUCAGAGCUGCAAGGACGCUGAGGUUCUGCUGCCCAACCUGCUUCUGAAUAUCCAGCUCUGUGACCUGCGACCCCUGUGGGAGCCAUGAGCCAUCAUCAGAGCUCAGCGAGUCCUGGUGACACCCUCAGUCAGUCUGCAUCUCCUCCUCCUCCUCCACACUGUCAUGCUGAUGAAGAAGAAGAGGAAGAUCUAAACAAGGCCUUUGAUGUUCAGGACUUUCAGCAGAUCCUUUGUCCUGCAGCUCGCAGCCCGCCAGAGAAACACAGAGUCUAUGAUGAACAGGACAUCGAAGAACACCGCCACUCUUCCCUCCAUGUCCAUCACCCUCUUUCCAAACCACCCACCGACAGCAGGAGGAAGAAAACUGCCGAGGGGAGGAAGGAGUGUAGGCGAGGCUCCGCCCCCAGCAAUGCAAGUACCAUAGAUGAAGACCAACAGGACGAAGAGCAUGGAAAGGAGGAGGAGGCCUACAGUCAAACUGAUGGCGAUGAUCCGACCACCAUCUCGUCCAAUCGCAACGGCACCGUGAUGAGCGCUGCAGAUGCCGACGAGUCCGAAACGUUGACGUCUGUGGACCUGGAUGGCAUCAAAAGUCACCGACUAGAUGACGUUCCAGCCGUUCGACGGCACCUGGUGAGGCGGAGCUCCAGAGGACCGAUCGUCCACGCCACCAAAGAUCCGACGGUCAGCUGGUCAAACCAGCACCUGCGACCGGACCGUACACCUCAUGAGGUGUUCGUGGAGCUGAACGAGCUGGUGAUCGACAGGAACCAGGAGCUGCAGUGGAGGGAGACGGCUCGAUGGAUCAAGUUUGAGGAGGAGGUGGAGGAGGAGACAGAGCGCUGGGGGAGACCUCACAUUGCUUCCCUGUCCUUCCGUUCUCUGCUGGAGCUUAGAAAAACAAUGGCCCAAGGGGCCAUACUCCUGGAUCUGAAGCAGAAGACUUUACCAGGGAUUGCUCAGCAGGUGGUGGAACAGAUGGUGAUCUCAGAUCAGAUUAAAGCUGAAGACCGAGCCAAUGUUCUGGGAGCUCUGUUGCUCCGUCACAGUCACCCCAGCGAUGAGAAAGAUCACAGCUUAUUCAGCAGGAACAUCUCUGCAGCAAACAUGGCCAACCUUAUCGACAGACACAAUGGAAAAUCUGAUCCCUGCAUCAACCUGACCAAUCACAAGGAGGCUGAUGGAGAGAAGAACAAGAGAGAAGUCCCACAGCUCUGUCACUCCAGAUCCAAGCAUGAGGUAAAGCUAAUGGAGAAGAUCCCAGAGCGAGCUGAGGCCACUGUGGUCCUCGUAGGCAGUGUGGGUUUCCUGGACCAGCCAUCCAUGGCGUUUGUGCGACUGCAGGAGGCAGUUCUGCUGGAAUCUGUCUUGGAGGUUCCUGUGCCAGUUAGGUUCCUCUUCCUCCUGCUGGGCCCGCCCACUGCCAACAUUGACUACCAUCAGAUUGGACGCUCUAUCUCAACACUCAUGUCUGACAAGAACUUCCAUGAGGCGGCGUACCAGGCAGACGACCGUCAAGACCUGCUGACAGCCAUCAACCGCUUUCUGGACAGCAGCAUCGUCCUCCCGCCCUCUGAGGUCAGCGGUGACGAGUUGCUCCACUCAGUGGCUCACUUCCAACGAGAAAUGCUCAGAAAGAGGGAGGAGCAGAGCAGCAAACUUCAGGAGAAACAGACCAGCAUUCAGCAGGACGAAGAUUCUCUUGUUCCCUCCAAACCUGGUGAUGAGCCGUUGAGGAGGUCAGGUCGUCUGUUUGGAGGCCUCAUCAAAGACGUUAUGCGGCGCUAUCCUCAGUAUUUCAGCGACAUCCGAGAUGCUCUAAACCCUCAGUGUAUGGCUGCCAUUAUCUUUAUCUACUUUGCUGCACUGUCACCUGCCAUCACCUUUGGUGGACUGCUUGGUGAGAAAACUGAGGGUCUGAUCGGUGUGUCGGAGCUGAUAGUGGCCACUGCGUUGCAGGGCAUUGUGUUCAGUGUGCUGGGAGCUCAGCCGCUGCUGGUGAUUGGCUUCUCCGGACCGCUGCUUGUAUUCGAAGAGGCCUUCUACACUUUUUGUAAAGUUAAUGGGAUCGAGUAUCUGACGGGUCGGGCAUGGAUCGGUCUCUGGCUGGUGCUCAUCGUUGUCCUUACCGUGGCCUUCGAGGGAAGCAUACUCGUUCGCUUUGUUUCACGCUUCACACAGGAGAUCUUCUCCUUCCUGAUCUCUCUCAUUUUUAUCUAUGAGACCUUCGCCAAGCUGAUCAAGAUCUUUCAGGAGCAUCCACUCCAUAACUGUUACCAUGGAAACAACACUGAAUCUCCAUCUCACUGCAACUACACUAUGGCCUCCGGGAAUCCUGGGAAAGUUGUUGGAGAACCGAACACUGCUCUGCUGUCAUUGGUCCUCAUGGCAGGAACGUAUUUCAUCGCCUUCUACCUUCGCAAGUUCAAGAACAGCUCCUUCUUCCCUGGAAGGCUCCGUAGGAUCAUCGGAGACUUUGGGGUCCCCAUUGCCAUCCUCAUCAUGGUGCUGGUGGACUACAGUGUGCAGGACACCUAUACUCAGAAACUGAACGUGCCCAGCGGAUUCUCGGUGUCCAGCCCAGAGAAGCGAGGCUGGGUGAUUUCCCUUCUGGGGUCGGAUGGGCAGUUUCCAGCCUGGAUGAUGGGCGCCAGCAUCCUGCCAGCUAUACUCGUCUUCAUUCUCAUCUUCAUGGAGUCCCAGAUAACAGCGUUGAUCGUGAGUAAGAAGGAGAGGAUGCUGGUGAAGGGAACCGGUUUUCACGUGGAUCUUUUAAUCAUCGUGGUGGUGGGCGGAGUCUCGGCACUGUUCGGCCUGCCCUGGCUGUCGGCCGCCACAGUUCGGUCUGUGACUCACACCAAUGCCCUGACCGUCAUGAGUAAAGCCGUUGCCCCUGGAGACAAGCCUCGCAUCCAGGAGGUGAAGGAGCAGAGGGUGACGGGCUUCUUGGUGGCGUUUCUAGUAGGUCUCUCCAUCGUCAUCGGCGAAGUUCUGCGUCAGAUCCCACUGGCAGUCCUGUUCGGGAUCUUCCUCUACAUGGGUGUGAUGUCCCUGAAUGGGAUCCAGCUCACUGAGCGACUCAUCUUGCUGCUGAUGCCCCCAAAAUACCACCCCAACCACAACUACGUCCGCAAGGUGCGGACUUUGAGGAUGCACCUUUUCACUCUCGUCCAGCUGACAUGUCUGGCUCUGCUGUGGGUCGUCAUGGCGACAGCGGCAGCGCUGGCCUUCCCCUUCAUGCUGCUGCUGACCAUCCCCGUGAGGAUGCUGCUGCUGCCCCGCCUCUUCUCCCGCCGAGAGCUGCAGAGCCUAGACGCUGAUGACGUGGAGCCCACUCUGGAGGAGAAGGAGGGGCAGGACGAGUACUCCCAGCUGCAGAUGCCUGUGUGAGCGGGAACUGCGUGGUGAUUGGUGGCUCCGCCCCACUGUAGCGUUUCAAGUUUCGUACGCCUGGGUUUCUGUUCGCAGAGCGUCUUCCUGUUGUAAAGCUUGCACUAACAGUUCUCUGUCAGUAAACACGAGUAUUAUCCUCCAAA